AUGUCCACAGCAGGAGAGAGCGUUUACCGAGUCUUAGGACUAGAGAAGGGAGCGACAGCAGAGGACAUCAAGAAGGCCUACAGGAAGCUCGCUCUGAAGUUCCACCCGGAUAAGAACCCAGAGAACCCUGAGGCGGCGGACAAGUUCAAGGAGAUCAACAACGCCAACUCCAUCCUGAGCGACGAGAACAAGAGGCGCGUCUACGAUGAGUACGGCUCCAUGGGGCUGUACGUCUCCGAGCAGUUUGGAGAGGAGAGCGUCAAGUACUACUUCCUCAUGUCCAAGUGCUGGUUCAAGGGCCUGGUGGUCUGCUGCACGCUCUUCUCCUGCUGCUGCUGCUGCUGCUGCUGCUGUUUCUGCUGUGGGAAGUGUAAACCUCCGGAGGACGAUGAGAGUUAUCAGUACGUGGACCCCGAGGACUUGGAGGCUCAGAUCAAAGCCGACCAGGACGGAGGAGCCUUUGGAGUGACCGAGUCUCAUCCAGCAUCCAGCCGACCCAGCCCCUCACGAGCCGCAUCCUUACCCCCAAAACAGCUCCUGAUCCUGGGUCGGAGGAGAGACUGA